CAUGGACGUCAGUUAGUUAUUUGUUUUUGUAUUUGUGAUGGAAUUUCAAAUAGGAUAAUCUUAAAAUUAAUUGUAUUGUUCACCAAACUAACGUACUAAGUAACAAAUAUGGAAAAGAAUUUCAUAGUUUUGUUUAUACUGGGAGCAACCUUGUGCAUUUUAUAUUCAUGUCACGCCCAAAAUGCUGUGGUUGAUAUGGGUGAUGAUAAAAUUAUCUGGUGUGUUAUAUCACAAGAAGAAAUGUUUAAAUGUCAAAACUUCUCAGUAGCUGUGAAAAAGGAGAAAAAUUUUCUAGGACCAGAUUAUCUUGAUUUGCAAUGUAUUCAGGGAUUCAACAAAGAAGAGUGCAUGUUCCUUCUAGACCAGGAGAAGGCACAUGUUACCACAUUGGAUGCGGGAGAUGUGUUCAUCGGAGGACGAUACCACAGCUUGAUACCCAUCAUGCAAGAGGUUUACGAAGGAGGAUCUAAGUUUUACUACUCAACAGCUGUUAUUAAAAAAGGCACGUUGACAGAUGUUUCCAACAUAAGGCAAAUAAGAGGCAAGAAAGUAUGCUUCCCUGGAGUUGGUUCUCUUGCUGGCUGGAUCAUACCCAUACAUGAGCUUAUGAGAAAUGGAGGUCUGGAUAUAAUUGAUUGCAACAACCAUGUCAAAAACGCUAUCAACUUCUUCGGCCCGAGUUGUGCUGUCAAUUCGCUCAUCGACAAAAACAAUCCCAUCGGGGAUAACUCUGACAAGCUCUGUAGGCUGUGUAUCGGCAGAGUGCCAGGGGAGAGAUGUACGCCCGCUGAUCCCUACGCUGGCUUCGAAGGUGCCUUCAAGUGUCUAGUGGAGGUGGGGGAGAUCGCCUUCUUGAAACACACAACUGUCAUGGAAAUGACGGCAAACAAUCUGAACUUUGUGGGACAAACAAAGGACAAUUUCGAGCUGCUGUGUAAAGACGGUAGCCGGCAUCCUGUUGAUGACUUCAAGAACUGCAACUGGGGCACAGUGCCAAGCCACGCAGUGGUCACCACUUCAGCCAAGAGCAACAAGCAACGGACACGCUACCAGAAGUUCUUAAUUAAAGCAGUGCGUAACUUUGGAGGUGCUUUUAACUUGACAUUGGCUACCAGCACAACUGAGAGACCCGGACCAGACUAUUACAGCCCCAAGAACAACCAGGGCAGAGACAGCGACCAAAACUACAGAGAUGGUAACAUCAACAAUCAACCGUGGGAAACCAACAACAACCCUCCAUGGAACAACCAGCAAAACAACCUGCAACUGCGUCAGUUCCACAUGUUUGAGUCUGCACCUAGAUACGGAUUGAAACAUAACCUUAUGUUUUUGGACUCGGCUGUGGAGCUGCGAGCUCUGGAGGAGAGUAAGCAGACUUACUCUGGAUAUCUGAGUGGCAACCUGGACAUCAUCCUGGGAGUGAGGCAGUGUCCUGUCAACUCCUUGACUCUGUGUGUCACAUCGGACCCGGAGCAUGAGAAGUGCAUCAAGAUGAGGACGGCUCUAAAAGCCCAGUUGCUGAAGCCGGAGAUGGUUUGCCACAAGGCACACAGUCAAAUCAACUGUAUGCAGGCUAUAAAGAACGGUAAUGCUGAUGUAGCAGUGUUCGAUGCUGGUGAUGUCUACACAGCUGGUCUGAACUAUGAUCUGAUACCAUUCAUGGCGGAGAUUUACAACCUAGGAUCUCCCGACUAUUAUGUAGUGGCCGUUGCUAAAGAAGAAGAUGCAUCUACGGAGAUCACAUAUCUCAAAGGCAAGAACACCUGUCACACUGGUAUCAACACGGCGGCUGGCUGGAUUGUCCCGAUGGCCUACCUGCUGUCCAACAACUGGAUGCGGAGCUACGGCUGUGACUCUGUGCGAGCGGCCGCCGAGUGGUUCAGCAAGAGCUGUGUGCCCGGCGCACUCAGCACCGAGUACAACACCGGCGUGCCUUACGAGAACAUGUGUCACUUGUGUCACGGCGCCAGCUUCCGAGAUUGCAGGAGAGACCAUAGCGAAGAUUACUACGGCUACACAGGAGCCCUGCGUUGUCUGGUGGAAGGCGGAGGCGAUGUUGCCUUUGUGAAGCACACCACAGUCCUGGAGAACACGGACGGCAAGAGGAAGGAGUGGUGGGCUCGUAAUGCUCUCAAUGAGGACUUUGAACUCCUCUGUCCUGACGGCACUCGAGCUUUAAUGAGUGAAUACAAGAGAUGUAACCUGGGCAAGGCUAAAGCCAAUGCUCUUGUGGCACGAGGAGGUGAGGGCUAUAAUCAGACAGAACUGCAGGCCUACAUCAACCUCUUUAUUUACGCUCAACAGUUCUACGGCCGGAAGGACCCAGAUGACUUCAGUUUCAGCAUGUUCUACUCCCCUCCACCCUACGCCGACCUGAUAUUCCAAGACGCAGCACAACAGUUAGCUGUUCUAAAGCCCGAGGAGCGUUGGUACUCGACCUACCUUGGCAAAGACUUCAUGCGCGCACGCCGUCUCGUCGACUGUCAUGCAGGCACUGAAACGCAAGUGGCUUCCUUCGCGCUGACGAUGACUUGUACGUUCAUCACAGCAGUUUUGGCUGUAGUCAUCGGGCGUUUCUAGCCUCCACUUGCCACAUACUGGCUGGACCAGUUGUUAGGCUUAUGAUGACACACAGUAAACUAGGGGUGAACAAGUACAGUAGAACUCCAACCAUUUGGAUCAUCUCGAGGAGACAAAACUAAUAAUAUUGGCAAAAAAGUUCAUUGCAAUUUUAGCAGCUUAGAGUAAUUCGUUACAUGUUUGAACGUGUGUCAAUUGCAUUCAUUAUGCUACGAGACUGUUUAAGUGUUGUAUUUAUCCGUAGGCAAUUACUGCCUAGUGUCACUGUCUUCUGCUAUUUAAUUUAAAAUUUGGGUUUUUGAUGAUCCAAAAGAUAUUAUACGUUCCCAAUUGAUAGUUAGAGUUCUAUUGUAAUUGAGUUUUUAAAAUGUUAGUAAAAUGUUUGCACCUCAAAAUAGUCAAUGUUUGUUAAACAUUUUCUAAUAUUUUUAUUUUUUUUACUGUUUGAAAAAUUUACAUGUUUUUAUAUUAGUGGUGCAAAAUUAUUAUUUUCUUACAUUCAAGCACUUUCAGCAUGCUGAUCUCAACUAACAAUUCCAAUUUACUCUAAGUUCUUUCGUCAUUACUCUCUCCUUGUGGGUUAUAAUGUAAUACAUUAAGUGUGAUUCUGCAGUCAAGCGUUCCUUACAGACUUUGUCAGCAAAUCUCUUAGUAUUCUUGAUUUUUUAAUUUAAAAUUUAAUUUUCAAUUGUACAGAAAAGAGUUUAGUUGACCUAGUAGUUAGAAUGUGUGACUUUUGUCAUAAAGGAUUGGUUUCUAAGCUUUGUCAACCAGUUUUCCAUGUUAAAAGGUUAGGACUUAAUAUUUUGAAGCAUAUCUUAAGCUUUAGUUUUACCUUUGACUAAAAGUCAAUGGUUUUACCAAUCUAGAACAUGAUUCUAAAAUUUUGGUUGGUUUUCAGAAUUUUUAGUUGCAAAACCUUGCAAGAAACCAAUCUUAGAAAAUAAAUAGUCCAAAUAUGUUGUAAGAACAAUGGACAAAGUGUGUACAAUAUGAACAACAUGUAAUAUUUGAAAGCAGGAACAAAUUUUCAUUAACUUUUAUAUUUAUUAUUUUUUGUAAGGCAAUUAAUUAGGCAUGCUUAAAAUGUUGCGGCUUGCAUAACUGACAUAAAACAGUUGUGAUAGUUUUUUUUUUUUACUAGAAUUAAAAUUAACCAAUUUGUUACCAAAUUUAAUCAGAUGUCUUUAUGGAGUUUACUUAAUGGGUCGCUAUAGUAAAUGGGCUCAGGGGUGCAAGUGGUUUUAGGUUUGUUGGGAGUGCGAGGAUGGGAAAAAUCCCCCCUAAGAUUGGGAGAGGGGCCUAAUUAUCUCUCGGGCCCAUGGGCCCGUGUAAUAGUACACAUGAAAAUCGCAGCCCUGUGAUUCCAUCUAGAAAUUCUGCUUAAAAAACCUAAAUUUUUUACAUUGUUGCAGCUAUUUAUUCAUAGAUUCAAUCUUAUUCAUAACAGUAAUGCAAAUUUAAUAAAAUCACUACCGUUCUUAUAUUAAAAUCAAAUAAAGUACAACCAUUUUAGUGCAAUUUUAUCACUUUGGGUAGCUUUCCAACAUAAAUAAAACUACCUACUUUGUGCCUUAAAAGUUAAGUUUUUUGUUAGGAAAUGUUGUUUCAAGGCAAUAUAGUUUAUAAGAACAAAUUUUGUGCACAAUAUAGUUUUGUACUGUAGUAUGUAUAGAAAUGUAUUAUUAUAAAUUUAAUUUAAGACUUUUUCAAUGUUUUGUAAAAAUAAACUACUUGUUAUUUAGCAAUUUCCAUAUUAUAGAUUAAACUUCUCUAGGAUAAAGUCUUUAAAUUAUUCCACCAGUUUCCAUUAGUAUUUUAAAUUGUAUUGUAAGAUUUUUUGAAACUUUUGUUAAAAUCAUUUUAUCUUUGUGGUUUUAUUCCAUCCAUUCAUUGUGAUAUAAUAUUGUAUGGUAUUAACUAAAACAAAUUUAUCAAAGGAAUGCAGAUCUGAGAUUUUUAGUUUUUAUGUAUUCUUUUACUGUUUUUAUUGUUUUAUACUUAGCUAUUUCCGUCCAUAUGUCUAUAGAUUAUAUUUUAGUAACUUUUACCUGGAAAGUUGUAUAGUUGAAUUAUUUGUUAUAUGUAUUUUGUAUCACUU